UUACCCAACAAAAUUGUCGUUGUCUUCACACAAGUGACCACCACUCUAUGCCUCUACUAGGUGGUACCGGGGGGCAGGAAAAAAGGCCGCGAUACACAGCUCAAGAAGGGUGGAACUACACGGUCCACUUCUUUUCUCCACCUGUACUUGCACAGUGCAGGAACUGUACAAUCGAAGAACGAACAAGACGAGCUGGCGCGGCGCUGAUAUUUGCAUUCCCAGUUGAGGCUGGAAAGUGAAUUUUGAAGUUUGACGCCUUUCGGAGGUAUUCAGCAACGGUGUUAAAAAUCGUUUGAUGCUUUGCAUGGCACCAGUUCUUUAUUCUGUAUCUGAUUCUUUUUCCGGGGGAGCAAUUUUCCAUCUAUCUCCAUCUAUCACUUUCACUUGUGUAAAGACCUAAACGUACAUUAGCGGUAGAGUCGACUGGCGACGUCGCUCUUAGUCAGGAGGCUCUUGACCGCUGGAGGCUGUUUGGAGGAACAAGCGGAGCACGCGGCGCGUCGCAGCACCAGGACCGGAUGCCGUGUUCUAUGACUACGGCGGCAAUCGAGAGUUUCGGACAAUUCCGCGACCCCGUUCUCCGAGUCUCAACGAGGAACGGACGCUCCGCCACGGAGUAGCGCAGUAAGGGUUGCUGUCGCGAACCGUAUCUCGCGUCCCCGGCUGACCUGCACAAGAACGCACGAGCGAACCCGCUAAAACAAAGGCGCCAUGGGAAAGUAUGCUCUUCGCGCGAGCGCGAUCUCAGACCGACCGCAAGCUGCAAUAGGCGCAGCAUGCCGUAGUGCAGCACAGGCCGCUGCUACGAGCAGUAGUAUCGCGUCCCCGACCAACCCGCGCGAGACCAACGAGGCCGCUCCACUAUCUAAAAGGCGCCAUGGGAAAGUAUGCUCUUCGCGCGAGCGCGAUCUCAGACCGACCGCAAGCUGCAAUAGGCGCAGCAUGGCGCACUGCAGCACAGGCGGCUGCUGCGGGCCGUAGUGUCGCGUCCCCGACCAACCCGCGCGAGACCAACGAGGCCGCUCCACUAUCCAAAAGGCGCCAUGGGAACAUAUGCACUUCGCGCGAUCGCGAUCUCAGACCGACCGCAACCUGUGAUACGCGCAGCAUGGCGGACUGCAGCAUAGGCGGCUGCUGGGAGCUGUAGUCUCGCGGGAAAAGCGGGCGUUCUUGUGGACCCAGCACAAGGAACCGACCGCAAGACCACGUGGUGGGCACAGAGAGAUGGGCGCCGACUUUCUGCCACGUUCAGGACCUGGCGCCGUGUUCUAAGUAAGACUACACUCCCAGGGCGAGGAAUGUGACUGCUCUAAGUAGGUAUGGUGCGCUUGCAAUUCGAAUUCGCUUCGCUAUUUUGUUUUUAUCGUCCCCCGUUGUGCCCCCGACGAGCCAGGCCUUUGCAUUUUUACAACCCCCUUCGCCGUUUUUGCCCGCGGCAAAAAUGACGCCCCCCAGAGUUAUAGUCUGCAAAUUCUGACGCUGACCCCCCGCCCUGUAGAGCCAUUUGAAUCUCUAGAAAGUCAGCUCCGCGAUCUCGUUCUCGGGCAGUUCCGCGACUUCGGUCUCGGACGGCGGCAGCGGAAGAAUCGAAAGAACCAGCACCGGAAAGACGGAAUCGGUCGGAAGAAACCUGAUUCAAGAAUCGAACGGAAUCCUGAUCCAAGAAUCGUCGAACGCGCCAGACAGUCCUCCACUCGAAAGAACACUCGUGGCUUAGGGGCACAGGCGGGGGAAUAGACAUCUUCACCUUCCUCAAAAAUUUUGAACUCGAAAAAGAAAAUUAUGUUGAACCUCUGCUACUUUUUUAUCGGACACAAGCCAAAGGGGACCACAAGAAUUGAGGAGCAGAGUUGAAGGUCUAUUAACAGUACUUGCGAUUAUUUGUAGAAGUCUAGCGACAUUUUUAUGUCGGAGUGACACGGGGCAUAGCUUGUGGGUCGUGGGGUUCCAAGCCGAUACGGUAUCGAGCCAAAAUCCGCAAAAAUGCGCUGUGAGACUAUGAAUAAAAGAUUUUGGAUCGAUACAACAAAUCGGUGAAUAGCCCCGUCCCGCGAGUUUAUGUCUUUUGUUGUUCCGAAGAACCUUUGGCUCCGAAAAUGUCUAUUUUUCUUUGCCUGCACGUGUUACCUCCCACUUGAGUACCCCGACCAGCAGAAUUGUCGUUGUCUUCACACAAGUGACCGCCACUCUAUGCCUCUACUAGGUGGUACCGGGGGGCAGGAAAAAGGGCGCGAUACAGGUACAGAUUGAUGAAGAAGGCAGCUCAAGAAGGGUGGAGCUACACGGUCCACUUCUUUUCUCCACCUGUACUUGCACAGUGCAGGAACUGUACUUACAAUCCAAGAACGAACAAGACGAGCUGGUGCGGCGCGGAUAUUUGCAUUCCCAGUUGAGGCUGGAAAGUGAAUUUUGAAGUUUGACGCCUUUCGGAGGUAAGCAACGGUGUUCAUCGUUUGAUGCUAUGCAUGGCACCAGUUCUUUCUGUAUCUCAUUCUUUUUCCGAGGGAGCAAUUUUCUAUCUAUCUCCAUCUAUCACUUUCACUUGUGUAAAGACAAACGUACAUUAGCGGUAGAGUCAACUGGCGACGAGGCUGGCUCUUAGUCAGGAGGCUCUCCGCUGGAGGCUAUGGGAGGAAGCGGAGCACGCGGCGGGUCGCAGCUUUUUACAACCAGCACCUCGUCGACAGGAUUUCGAUUUACGGCGAAAUACACCGUACUACACACACAGGGGCUGCUGGCACCAGAGGCGAAGGGUUUUUUCUUGUGGGCCGCCAAGUUCCUCUCAAGCGAUGCCGGGGCUGCGUGUGUGUAUUGAGACGAUGGCGUUUAUAUGUAUGUGUACGGGUCUGCUUUGUCCCCAGCCCUAUGUUGACUCACUUGCAAACAAAAGCACUGUCCGUUGAACAGACCGAGUUCAAGCAC